AUUGUGAGAAAGGAAAUAGAUCUUGAACAUUUUCCCCAAAGCUUGCUUCAUAUAUCUGAAUGUGGCCAACAAAUCUCCUCUAUGUCUUUUUUCUCUCCACACUGAAAUACCCAUGUUUUCUCCAGUUUAAGAAAUAAUAAACUUUCCUUAGGCUAUGUGAAAACAUGAAAUAGUAUCAAGUUAAUCACCCUUAACACUUUUAAAUUGUAUUCAAAUAUAUAUAUAUUUAUGACAAUAGUAAAUAUUAAUUCUGGGAUCUUUCUCAGCUGGGGCCAGUAGUUUCCAAGUAAGAUUCAAAGACUAUGGAUGGAUACAUCUCAAUUAAGUGCUAAUCAGAUUACAUGCUGCUAUGUAGACAAAAAGCAGUCAGUCUCUACUUCCUUACUACACGUACAUUCAAUUCUUACUUUUCCCUUUCAGAUGAAUGCUGUCUUUCUAAGAUUGAUUGAGGUGUCUGAGUAGAACCAUAGGGAAUUCCCUUAACAAGUAAAGUUCUUCAGAGGAACACGCCCAUCCCACCCCUACCUCCACCCCCACUUCUCAGGAUAUUCUCAGGAUAUUCAGCCACAAGAAUUCAGCCAGUGCUAUUUGUCUAACUGUAUUGUUCUACAACAGCAAUACUUGUAGGAACUGGACUUGUCAGACAAGAAACAUAUCCCAGCAACUGAUUCAUAUAAAUGCAAAAUGUCUCCAUUCAACCAAGAAAAUAAGAGCUUUUGAACACUCGAGAAAGACUUUAUCCAUUGCUUUCUCUGCUCUCUUGACAUGGGCUUACAAAAAUGCAGCGGCUGUUUGAGUUGCCUGUUGAUUCCCCUGGCACUGUGGAGUAUUGUUAUAAAUAUUCUCUUAUAUUUUCCUGAUGGGAAAUCUUCGUAUGCUUCCAGCAAUAAUCAUACCAACUACGUGUGGCAUUUUGAAGGAAUCUGUUUCUCGGGUAUUAUGAUUCUUAUUCUAGCAGCAGUUCUGGUAAUUCUGGACCGGGACACCUUUUUUGAAUGCUUCCAAAGUGAAAACUGCACCAGAACAUAUAGACGUUUCAUUUCUGUUGUGCUUUCCCUAUUAGGGAUUGCAUUUUCCGGCUACAGUCUGAUCGUGUCUGCUUUGAGCUUAGUGCAAGGCCCAUACUGCAAAACCUCAGCUGGCUGGGAAUAUGCUUUCAAAAACACGGCAGGCAGUUACCUCAUGGAUCCUACUUCCUGGUCCCAGUGCACUGAGCCUGCUUAUGUAGUGGAUUGGAACAUCAUUUUGUUGUCUAUUCUGAUGGUUCUUAGUGGUCUCCAAAUCUUGAUCUGCCUUCUCAAAAUAAUUUCAGAAUUAAGGCAAAUCCUGUGUGGAAAUUAUCCCAUCUUUGUUCAGCCUGCAGUGAUCUAACAACCUUGGGGAAUGACUCCAUCAUGACUCCAUCAUAUCUCUGAGCAUGCACUUUGAUAUUAAUUUUUAAAACAGGCUUUUCUGUUUCUGUGGUAACACAAGAAGAACUGCCAAUGUUUUCCCAACAUAUUAUUUAUGUUGCUCCACAUAUUUCAGCUAAAGUGUACAGUUUUUGGAUAGUCUGUUUUUCUUGUUGCCUGUUUGCAUACCAUUUCUCUUUCUUGCAUUUAUUAUGUAUCUAAAUUGUGAAGCUCCCGAAAAAUGAAGAUUUUUUUUGUGUUUACAUAAUAUAAAGCACUUACCAUCGAUACCACAUGAAUAAAUAUUUAGUUCAAUAAGUAGUCACAUUAUUGUGAACAACAACAUUCUUAGUAAAGAGAUAAACUUACAUCUGGAAUAUAACUUUUUGUAUCACAAAUGGGAUUUAGCAUGAUUAAUGAGCAACUGAAUAAAACUUCCCCUGCACAGUUGUUGGGAGAAAUGUCAGUCUGACAUAUGAGAUUUGGGGAAUGUCUUUUGCAUGUAGAAAGCCAUAAGAAUAGACUUGCCUCUACUAGUUGAACCAUUGAGCAAGAACACUGGAAUGGUCCCUAAUUUGUGUUAAUGAAAUACAGUUAUAUUUAUUUUUGAUACUUCCCCACAGUGAGUAAUAAAAAAAGCCUGAACUCCAUCCUAACAAAGAUUCUUUGCUCCUCUUCACAUUCUUCUGAUCUCAUACAAGUAGUCCUCAACUUACAAGCUUUGGUUUAGCAGCUGGCAUGUAUUUACAAUAGUCACACAUUUUAACAGCCAUUUUAUUUCUGGCUCAAUUGCAAUGUUGGUGGUGAUAGCUGGCAAUUUUAGCUGCUCCAAAAUUAUUAUGUGAUAAGUGGACCAGAAAAUAAAAAUUGGACAAAGUUGUUCAGGAAACAUUUUACUUCUAAUAAAAAACCUACAUGAAUUAGAUGGGUAUAUUUUAAUUAACAAAAAUGUAAAAUAAUUGUGAUUGUGCUGAAGUUAAUUUUUGGUUCCUACAAAUAAUCAGCCUUGUAAAAUGUCAGUUUUGAACUGAACAAG